UGCGAACUGCAUCCCAGCGCCAUUACAGCGUGACCUUGUAUAAAAUGUACCGUAUCAAAGCAGUUGAGUUUUUUCAUUCCGUAUAUCACACUCGAUAAUUCAGCUUGUGAUUUGGAAGGUGAAGCAUUAAAUGUAAAUGUAUGCCGGAUGUGCUGGUUGCAGCUUCAUUGGAUUACGCAGGUUUUUCUAGUCGUCUGUGGCGGCAGACAGAGGUGGUCAGUGUUCUGCUCCCGGCGUACGCUGCUAAAGUUACUACCGGCACAACGCUCGAAUCAGUUUGUCUAUGCCGAUAGCCGAAACUGCGCAAUCACUUCCGGUCCUUUGCUGACAUAUGCGCUUUGGAUCGUCUUGAUGUAAUGGUGUUCAUCUGGCAGUCGCUUUGAUUUUUACCGGACCAAAGCGGUUGGGUCAGUACUUCUGGAUUUCCGGCGUGGUGCGCCAUUGACCCAGUCUGUCUUUCACUAACAGAGAAUGAAUCAAUUGCACAUACUUACUUUGGGAGGCCUUUUAGCACUGGUGCACGGCCAGCUAUACCAAAGAGAAGCGAAGAGUCUGAGCGUCUCCCGUAUGCAGUCCCUAAGCGGAUGUUUUCACGAUGGGCGGUAUUAUUACGAACGCUCCCUAAUUCCCACUGUCGAUUCCUGCAUAAACUGCAAAUGCGAAGGCGGUUUAGUCAGAUGCAACAUGACCUUGUGUCCAAUGUAUCCCACGAUACAAGAAGGCUGCCAUUUAUCCCAUGAAGAUGGGCUGUGCUGUCCGCAGCUAACAUGUGAUGAAACUGUCGCUAAGAAGAUGGCUCAGGUUCCAGCUAUACACGAAGCUACUUUAUUAGGUUGCACCUAUAAUGACGUUGAAUUCGGUUUGGGCGAUUUUAUUCCCACAUCGGAUCCAUGCCAGGCGUGUUACUGCAUCCACAACCGAACACAGUGUGUGCAUCAAAACUGUGCUUUACCGGAGUCGGCACGUGAAGGUUGUCGUCCGGUCUAUCACCACGGAGUGUGCUGUCCCAUUCGCUAUGACUGCAGCGAAGCACAAUCCUCACCACCCACUCUCCGUCCACCGUUUUUGACGGAAGGAUGCGCCGUGAAUAACCGUUUCUACGACGAAGGCGAGGCCAUCCCAUCCGGGAAGCCCUGUGAGCACUGUUACUGCAUGAAGGGCGAGAUGAUCUGUGCCAUGCAGAAAUGCGACAGUCCAAUGGCUGGCUGCGUACCGGUACUCAAGAACGGACAGUGCUGUCCUGAACGAUAUGAAUGCCCGAAUACCGAUGCCAAUAUGAUUGGGGAUUCUUCGAAAACUGGUCUGAAGAGCCUGGCGUCCUUCAACGUUAGCUAUCAUGGGAACGUGUGGAACGGACAACGCCUGACGUCUACCACGCGAGGCCUGGAAGACGACUCGGAAUCCGGAGAAUACCGCAUUACUACCGCUUCAUCCGUUAGUGUGACGUCACCGUUGUCUGUGAUCUCCACAACGAAGACGGCCGAGGCGAUGCAGAGGGGUCAGUUGGCCGGCUACCCAACGGCAGUGCCCACUCAAGCCGUUUUAGGCUUCAACGAGUCUGUGUUCAAUGCGUCGACCUUCCAAAAAGGUCUUGCAGCGGGGAGGAAUCCAUCGCUGACCGUAGUUAACGGAUCACAUGAAACUUCGGACGCGGAUGUUCCAAUCAACAAAGUGUUGCCAGAAGAUCUACUGCACUAUACCAAUGUACUAACAACAAAGGUCGGCAUUGUACCGUUAUCAUCGACAUCAGACUUCUUUAACUCGGCGGAUACUCUGGGCACCCGACCUCCCAGCACAACACCGGCAACCGCCAACACCGACCAUCUGGAACUUCAUCUUCAACCGGAUAACCAAUCAGUUGUCAUCAAUCAAACACACUCUAGCUCGGUAAAUUCAAAUAACAUGUCGCAGAAUCCCGACGACAGAUUGAUAACUCAUAUUGUUGACGGAACGCAGUCCUUGGGAAUCAUAACGUCCUCGUCUGACCAAAAUGAUAUCAUCCAGUUGAACACAAGAAUCAAUGUCACGGCGUCCAGUCCAACCGAAAGUGGAUUGAAACUCAGCCUUAAUGGAGUUCCGGUACAAGGACCGAGUAUAGCGACUGCAAUGCCCACGGCAGUGUGGAACAAUGUGCCGACUCCGUAUGGUAACCAUACUCGUAAGCCGGUCCUGCCUGCUCCCCUGGACCCGACGGCAUCCGAUCCAAUUGAAGGCCUUAUCCGUUUCUUUUCGGCCGACUCUUCUGCCUCCGCUGCAUAUCCAUCGGCGCAACCAAAUCCUUUACUUCCCAUUCUUCCUGAGGCCAUUACAAUUCCCUCCAGCACAGUGAGCGCCAUUGAACCCAUUGGUCCCAACGAUCCCGAACCAGAAAUCUCCCACGAUUUCACAAAUAACAUAACGUCGCCGGUUGCCUUUGCUCACCUCACGCAGAUGGGUUUGGCCAUUGAUCCAUCCGCUUCCGAUGAAAUAGAAGGCCUAAUCUCUGGGGGCAACAUUAAAGCGCCAUCAAAUCUGUUACUAAAGGUCAACACGUCGGUACCCAUUGACCCAGAAUCCGCUGCCCAGGUCGAGGGUGUGGCUGCAUCAGGCUCCGGUGGAGUGGCUUUUAAUUCCGACGGUGUGGCCAGUGUCGCGGAGCAACUGCAUGCUAACGAUCAGCACCCGCCGAAGAACACCCUACCUGUCGACCAUCCCCAACCUGUGGAUCCGUCUUUAGGAGCGAUAUUGGAAGGUAGUGAUGCGAUUGCCAGAAAUAUGACCUUUGCGACUCCUCUGGAUCCAUCUAUAGACGCCGAAGUUGAAGGUGUUCUGGGGUUGCCAAAGGCACCAGCAAACCUAUCGAUGAUCAGCAAUGCAAAAGUAAGGAAAAGUCAGGGGACCAAACUUCCGCUGGAUCCCAACGCUACCGAAAUAGAAGGAGCUAUCAUCGUUACAACAGCCGCAGAAAAAGUUCGCAGUGCACCUAAACCUUCUGUGAACGCCGGGAUGCCAGUUGAUCCAGUAGGUUCGGAUCAGAUCGAAGGAGCACUGACUGCUGACCAGAAUGCUCAUAUCAUUACAGCGGCAGGUAAUGUCAAAGUACCUAAACAACAGCAGAAUGCAUCGAGUACCCGUAACAAAAUCAAAGUUAUUAACGUUCAACUACAACCGGUGGAACCUUCUUCACAAGACACCGUCGAAGGGAUUUGGCAGCUGUCAGGACAGCAGCCGGGUGCAGGUGAUAUGGUACUUUCCACCACAUCAACCGUCCAACCGCUAGGCAUCUCGGUUCCACAAGUCGUCCAUAGAGUUGCUGGUCAGUUCGCUUUGGGCGGCGCUGUUAUUAACCAGAAACGCACGAUGACUAUUGCUGCCGAGAAUGUUACAUUGUCGUCGUCUUCGCCCAUUUUGGGAAGUACACUCAUAUCUGUCCGGCUCAAUGGAAGCGUCCCGGUGCCGUUAAUGCUGGCUCUCAACAGUGCCAAAUCUACCCAACCUAUUGUUCUCGGUCCAACGGAGCCAACGCCAGCUUCUACUGGAACCAACAGUCAACCGGGAUGGGAUGUCAGCAACGGCCAGGGAUGGGGAAAGCUAGCUAUAAAUAAAGGAUGGGGAUCGUCGUCCGACGGCAACAGAGGAUGGGGUUCGUCAUCCCAAAACCAGGACGCAGCGACCAGUGUUCAUGAACCGUCACCUACUUGGUCACCCAAACCGAUGAUACCUCGCCCCUUAGCUAAACCAGUUGAGCCACUUCACGAAGACGACUACGAGGGCCUGCUGCGCCCACAGGAAGGUGCGGUCGGCUUAUCUUCACUGAAACCAGCGGGCGCAAAGACGCCUGUGCAUCCACUAGAUCCGCUGCCGAGCGAUCAGUUCGAGGGAAUGGAAAACCACAAUGCCAUGAAUAAAAUGGAAAUUCAUCAAGAAGAAACCACAGCACUUCCCACUGGAACAACCACGGUUGGGCAACCUACCGUGACCCGCGUACUAAACAAAAUUCCAAUUUUGCCAGCACGAUUUACUACGAAACCUCCCCAAGUUGCGGAUCGAUGGUCUACAACAACUGGCGCGACUGCAACCACAACAACUACGAUGCAAACCACGACAUCCGCACCGACAAUCUCGAGUACUGCCGUGGAGUUGGUAUCCAGCCCCGAGCCUUCAUCUGCACUACCACUGAAGCCGGCGAACAUGGUUACAGAAAUACCCGCUGAUGCGCAAGCCACAGGAGUGGACGCCGAUGGUAGUAUGUUCAAUGGGUCAUUGCAUGCCGUCGCAUCCAGUUUUCCCAAUGGGCAACCAUUAACAGGCAUUUACGAAAAUGGAUGCUACUUCGAGGGUAACUAUUACCGAAAUUACCAGGCCAUUUCAACGGAUGAUCUGGUUGAUCCGUGUCUGGUACGCGUGUGCAAGGACGGGAUUGUAUUUGGACCCAGCGUGCAGCGUUGCCCACCACCUAUUCCCGGCUGCUUUAGCACUUCCAUACCCGGCGUCUGCUGUCCAGUUUACCUCUGCCCGAACUAUCUUGAGCGCAACGAGACGUCGUACACACUGACAGCUGCAGCGGGCGAUCAGCUAAACACGGAAAAAACGCGAUUAGCACUGGCAAAAUUCUGCCGAGUUGGACCGCGCUUCCUAGCGCUAAACGAACGGGUGGUGCACGUUAUGGGAGUACAAUGCCAGACGUGCACUUGUAAGCAGAAGGGCAUUGUUUGUGAACCUGGAUGUGCACAGAACAUUCUGAUUACCACGCUGGCACCGCUGGUCCAGAAUCCCCGUCGUUUCCAAACCAUAAGCACAACACCCGCUACCACAACAUCUUCAACGCCGCCGCCUAUAACCGAACCGUUGGGAUCAAGAAGUUGCACAAUUCAAAAGAAAAAGUUCCACCAUGGGGAUGAAGUGACAUUCAACGAUCCAUGUCACAUGUGCACGUGUUUGGAUGGACUGGUGAUCUGCAAGAUGAACCGUAAGGCCUGCCGAUCGGCGAAAUUGCUAGGUGCCCUUGACGCACUGUGACGACCGGCACACUCCCGGAACCGAGGAAUCCAUGACCGGUAGCUCACAAUUCAGCAGUGAUUGACAACAGCAUGUCCGCCGCUUUGUUAAAUUUCUCAGCUAUGAUUUCCAGUAAUAAUUAUUGAUAAAGCGUGAAUGACUGAUUAACCGUUGAAAAUUUUGUUGGAUCAUACAAUUGUAUAGUUACGCUAGCUCUUGUUUUCUUGUUAAAAUAGUUACGCUCUCUUGUUUCUUGUUAAAAAUUUCCAGCACGAUAUUGCCAAUAUUUGAAUUGAAUAAUAGAAUAUGUAUCUGAUUUGUACUCGUAUCUCAGAAUUGUUGCCUUGUUCUCUUCCGAGCGUUCUAUGCAAGCUGUCAAUGCAACACUAAAAGGGUGCCGAUAAAGAUACUGCACUUAUAAAGUUUCCAGUGGAA